AUGCAGACAGCAGCGACACAUCCAGCCUACGAGGACAAAUCCUUGAAGAGCGACGACGAGAUCAGACUAUUGACGCUUCAGCCGGCUCACAGUAACGACGACGAUGUAGCAUCAGCACUCACGAGCCGACCUCGGCGCCAGGAUACGUCGCCAUCUCCUACACCUGGGGCAGCGGCCCUGCUCGCCUUGCGGAACUUCGCCUCAGAUGGCCCGGCUGUACCAACGGUUGUCUGGAUAGACUCAAUCUGCAUUAACCAAGAGAAUCUUCGCGAGCGCAGUGCCCAAGUUUCUCGCAUAGGAGACACAUUUGGCGGUGCGAAAGAGACGGUGAUAUACCUUGGGGAGCCAGACCAUCAUACUGAUAAGACGGCCGAGGCUCUACGCAAUAUCGUUUCGCAGAACUUUUUCCUGUACGGUGUUCUAUGGUUAUCUACUUGGGGUCCUUUGAAGCCGUCUUCCAACGUCCGUGGUUUCGACGAACCGCACAAGCCUUUGGCAGACAAAGACGACCCUGACGCCGCAGAUAGAUAUUCCGGAUUGUUGGACUUGCUGAAGGCGACGUGCCGGUUUCAGUGCCAGGAUCCUCGAGACAAGCUAUUUGGUAUCCUGUCGCUUUUGCAAACUUCGCCGAACCAUCCGUCGCUGCUGCGACCUGACUAUGCUAAACAGGCCCGUGAUGUGUUCAUUGAUCUGGCCUUCUUUCUGCUUCGCUCUGAUUGUGAGGAAUUAUUGGCUUUGGCUCCGUACACACACACGCAAUCCAACCACCUUAAGCUACCAAGCUGGGUGGUGUCAUGGUCGGAAUUGCCCCAAGAACAGACGCUAGCCGCGAACAACAGAGCCUGGGACAAUGACAAGAGCUUCGGCAAACAAUGCUUGGUCGAGAGACACGGAUAUUGUCUGAGUGUCCAGGGCCUAGUCAUGGACACUGUGAAAGAGAUGCUUCCAACCUCUACGGAUUUAUCAGGCCUCCGCGCUCCGGCCGCGGGUACAUGGUCGUUCUUCGUAACUGAAACCGGUUACCAAGACGCUGCCGUUACUCUGCUUGAGUCCGCCGAGACCUCCGUGCGAGCUGGAGAUUGCAUUUGUGUGCUUAUAGGAUGCCGAACGCCUUUUCUGCUUCGCCUGAACGACAAACAACUAAAUCGAUGGUCACUAAUCAGCGAGUGCAGAAUUUCGGACGAGAAGGGGGACCUCAGUUAUUCGAAACUCGAAAUGAAGUGGUUUGGAAAGUGGUUUAAACCACUAGUAGGAGACUCUACGCGGGAGUUUAGUGACGACCUAGAGGCUACGUCGCAGGUCUUUGUGCUACAUUAA